AUGUCUACUCUGAAUUCGAAAACGGGCAAAAAGGAUGCGGAAUCAUCAACAAACAAAAGUAGGCAGCCACUGGAGACCGGCACCAAACCAUCUACCAAAAAUGUUCGCAAGAACGUUAUCAAGCCCCUUCCGAUGAAUCUGGAUCCAGCUCAGUUGUUUAAUUUAUUUUCCAAGAAUUAUGAGAGUUUGCUGCAAGCUAUGGCGAAGCAAUUUGAAGAUGAAGAAAAUUUCUCCCCGUUUCCCUCUGAAGAUGAUACCAAUACUCAGCUGAAUCCCAUUUUCAACUAUAACUUGUUAGAGGCUCUCGAAUCUGCAUCAAUCCAGACUGGAGAGAAAGUCAAGGAGGUGACUAAUGGAAAUGGACAGCGUUCCUUUUCUACGGCUCCGCUGCAGAACGGUGCAUCAACAAAACCAACCACGCAUGCAAAAAGAAAGAUAAUAUGCCCGCCUCAAUCUUUGCUAAACGAUUCCGAGAUUGACUUUAUACGAAACAAGAUUGCCCAAGUUAUCAAGCAAAAUGAGGGAGGAAAUUUACCUAGAAGCUUAAACUUUUUUGAUGCUGGAGAUGGAUUUGCACUUCACUCUGAAGACUCAAAUAAAACAUCAAAUGGUUUCAACAACAGGGGUAAUCACAAUCAAACUUCCAUUGAGAUUGAGUUCAGUCCGAUACCCGAAUGCAAAGUCCAUGGCGUGGAGGACUGCGACUGCCCUAUUUUUGAUGAGGAGUACGUAUCUUCACAUCCAUCAUCAAGAGGGUUGAAUAGUUCGCGAGAUUCAGAGGGUAGAGAUUCCAACGACGAUGGCCCUUCGUGUGAGUUUACAUUUGAAUACGACAGCAAAGGAAGACUUCUUCCCAUGGGAAAUAAUAUCGAAGAUAAGCUCAGCUUGAUGGAUAGCGAAGCAGGCAAGUUGAAAGAAUUGCAGGAAGAAUUUGAAGCAAUCAUAGCGGAGGAGAAUGGGUCUCGGCCAAAGUCAGCUGUAAAAGAACAGCUGGAUAAAACACAUCGACCUCGGUCUAUCUCCUCCAAGUCAACACAACAAAACAAGAACCGAGUGAAGAGAAGACUAAAACGGGAGAUCACCGACCCACUCGAUGAUUUGAAAGAAUUUGUCAAGGAGGAAACACAAAAAAAAUUGGAAAAAAGGCGAUUGCUAUGUAACCGGCAAUCUUCGAGUUCACGAAACUUCUAUGGAUUGAUACCCAAGGAUGAUUGCUGUUUAUUGUGUCAGUACGAGGCGGUAUUUGGAAUAAAGCCUCGCUAUCUCGUGACCAAAAAAGCCAAUUAA